GGACUUUUGCUCGUUUUACUUGUCUCUCUUGUUGUUCAACUAGUCCUCGUGGGCUUCCUGCACCUCUUCGGAAUUCUUAAAAGGUUACCCUGGCAAUUAGAUGGCUGUGAAAGUUGUUAAUUGACUUCUUGAUUGGUCGCAAAUCGCCUCAAUUGGACUUUCCGAACCUUCAGCCUUAGAGCUGACGCACCUGGGUCGUAUAUUAUAGUCAGGCACAUCAACUAAUAUAGGUUUACCUGCAGUCAAUCGUUCCUGAACCAAGUAACCGUCGUCUCUUUUUCUUCGCUCGUUGAAAAAGAUCUCAGCAUUAUUGCUGUUAUCUACACUAUCGUUAGUCUAUAUCGACAGGACGGCAUUUCAAAAUGGUCUCCAAUUCUCGGAUCGUAAUACUAAUAGCGGGGUUGAUCGGGGUUGUACAAGGACAGUAUCUGAAUACAACCGCGGCGAUUGUGACUCCAAUAACACCAGAUGGUCAAAGACAUUCUUCAACGUGCGAACCACAGACUGUGACUAUCACAUCUUCCGGGGGUGGAUAUGGAUAUGGGUCAUGUCCCACACAAACUAUUACAUCAACUCAAGUAUCUGUAUCGACAACUACAUGUUGGGAGACUACUACAAUUGAAAAACCAACCACAAUUGUCUCGAUAUCUACAUCUACAGCAUAUCAAAACCAAACCACUACAAAGACAAUUACCUCAGAGGUUGGAGGUGGUUAUGGGCCUGGGACUACAGUUACCGAAACUGUUACUCUGACCGCGAGCUCAAUACCAAGUGGUGGAUAUCCAUAUGGAGGAAGUACUAUCACGGAGACAAUCACUCAAAACCAGACUAUAACCAAAACCGUCGGUGGUUAUCAAACUGCAAACCAAACUAUUACGGAGAAGACUACUGAGACAGAAUCUUUCACAACAACUGUUCCCAGUAUCAUUUCAGCCAUUACGACCCUGACGGAUGUUAUCACAGUGACCAACAUAUCUACAGCUAGCUUUACCGAGAUUGAUCUUGUCACGACAACUAAAAAUUACAAUUUCACUGCUACUCAGGUGGACCGCACAACUCAAACUAACACCAUCACCGAUGAGGAGACAACAACAAGUUUCGUUUGGCAGACUACCAUAUUGACAGAUGUGAUCACAACGUCAAUCCCAUACACGACUACUUUGAUUAAUAGCUAUGGAUAUCCAAUUACGAUGACUAAGUAUAGUACCCUGACCACUACUGAACGAUAUACUUCCAGGUUUACUACCACGACGACUAAGGAUCACACGACUACAAAACUAAAGACAGUGACAACAACUUGCACAGAGUUUGUUCCUAUCUUCAUAACCAAAACGAUAAGUGGUUCUCUCACGACGAUCACAUCGUAUUCCGCAACGACUUUCACCUCACUCAUUACUACCGGCACGACGGAUUAUCAGACAGCCACAAUCACAUCAGAAACAACUGAUUACGUACCAACAACAAUAUAUCAGCCUUCGACGUAUAUUACCACCCAAGAUGUGACUGUCAUCUCAUCAUAUCCUGUGACUAUUAUUAACAAUUAUACACUAUGGGAAACUACUACGAAGGUCGAGGUAUCAACAUAUGAAACAACCAGCACGGUGAUUUCAACGACUUCAAUACCUUCACCCACAACGAUUGAUGUUUAUAUCACCACUACCGUGGAUCAUCUCUUCACAUCUGUCUCCACAUAUACCUUGAACACAAGCUAUCCGAUAACUGUUAUUUCCGACCACUCUACUACUUACACUCAAUAUACUACCGAGUACUACACUAGUCGGGAAACAACCACAUUAUCUACGACGACAACGGAUACUGAAACAGACUAUGUGACUACCACCUCAUAUGUACCUACUACGACUGUCUCCACAUCGUUUAUAACUACCAGUAUACCAUAUACUGUUAUAUCUUCAACAACUUUGUACAUUUACAGCACUCAAACCUCUCUGGUAACACUCACGACUUCCGUACCUAUUACAAUUACAGAUGUUUCGACCCUAGUGUCAACAGAUUAUGUGACUACGACCUCAUAUGUGCCUAAAACAACCAUAUCUACUUCAUUAAUCACCACAAGCAUACCUUAUGCUGUCGUUUCCUCGACAACCUUGUACAUCAACAGCACUCAAACGUCUCUGAUAACUCUUACGACUUCCGUACCAACCACUGUCACAGACAUUUCGACUUCCAUCUCAACUUCUGUAUCGAUUUCGGAUAUAUACGUCUACACAACUGUAAUUGAGACCUACAGCACAACGGACACAUCCUACAUAACGACAUCUUAUCCAUACACUGUAAGUGAGACAGUUAUAAGCGAUAUAACUCACAGCUUCACGGAUUAUAUCACUACGACGAUAAUAGAUUUGUCGACUUACGUCAGUCUUUCUACUCUCACAACGAGUGUAAUCGUGCCAACCACCACUACACAAGUCUCGUUGGUCCCAACAACCAUCACGGAUUCAUAUUUUUCCACGGCUACAGUCACGAAGACGACUUCAUAUCCAUUCACUGUGGUAUCCUCAACGACCGAAUACAGAUAUAGCACGUAUACAACGGUUUCAACGUAUACUAAGACGAGUACAAAAACUACUUCGAUUCCAUACACCACGACGGAGAUCAUUUCGGUACCAACUACUACGACCAAGACUUCCCUUGUCCCAACUACAAUCGUCUCUUCAUAUUUCUCCACCUCUGUUUUGACUGUUUCGACAUCUUAUCCUUAUACCGUCUUUGAAACGAUCAUUAGUUCAACGACUUACUAUUCUACCUCUUAUAUAAGCACGACUUAUACGACCACUCAAGAAUUAACUUCUAUGUCAACACUCACUACUUCAGUGCCCACGACGACAACCGAGACUAGUGUCGUCACUAGUAUAACCUCGGUCCCUACUACGACAACUGAAACUAGUGUAUUUACAAGUAUCUCAGUCUCAGAUAUCUACUCAACCUAUAGUACAACCUUGACAGAAUUGAGCACGAUCAGCGCUACUUUGACAGAAAUUUAUCUUUCAACGAUAACCGUUUCCACUUCAUAUCCAUAUACUGUAUAUACCACAGUUGUUAGCGACUAUACGACUACCUCAACUCAAUAUGUCCCAACAACAUAUACGCAGGUUAUAUCCACGACACAGUAUAUCCCAACAACUUAUACGUCAUUGAUUACAAGAUCUGAGACAACCACGGCCACAGCAACUGUAACAGAUAGUGAGACAACAACGGCUAGCUACACAACCACUGAUUUCCAGACUACUACCACAACAGCAAUAUCUACCACAACUCUCACCUCGAUCGAUAUCAUUAUCAUUCCUCCCGUUACCCUUACUACCUCAAUAUCUGGUACUCCAAUCACGAUCACGGAGCCCGCAUCAACAAUAUCCGUUACCAAGACAAUUACCUCUGAACUAUAUAUCACAUCGUUGAUUACCCUUCCUGCCAGUACUGUUACAUCGGAUAUUUAUAUUACAACUUCAGUUCCCGGUCCAACGAUUACGACUUCAAUAUCAGGGUCUCUGACCACUAUCACCUUGCCUGGUAGCACCUCCGUUUUGACAGUUUCAGGCCCAACGGUAACAUCCAACGUUUACGUUACCACCUCGCUUCCUGCUCAAACCAUCACGACUUCUUUAUCUGGAUCUUUGACUACCAUCACAUUACCUGGUAGCACCACAGUUUUGACAGUUCCCGGCCCAACAGUCUCAUUAUCCGGAUCGUUGACAACUGUUACUCUCCCUGCAGUAACAUCGAUUCAGAUAAUCCCUGGCCCGACAGUUACAACAUCAAUAUCUGGUUCUCUGACAACUAUAACCCAGCCUGGUAGUACAUCAAUUGUAACCCUUCCGGGCUCAACCAUAACUUUGCCUGGAUCAACCAUUCCAGGCCAAACCAUCACUUUACCAGCCUCAACAGUGACUCUGCCAGGAUCGACUACUACACUCCCGGGACUAACUACUACCAUUCAAGGAUCAACUUUUACAGCACCAGGACAAACAAUCACUUUACCUGGAUCAGUAACUACUCUCCCAGGAUCAGUAACUACUCUCCCAGGAUCAGUAACAACUCUUCCAGGUUCAACUAUAAUCUUGCCCGGAUCAACAAUUCCUGGAGAGACCAUCACCUUGCCAGGAUCAGUCACCACACUUCCUGGGCAAAUUACUACCAUUCAAGGAUCGACUUUCACGGCCCCAGGACAAACAAUUACCUUACCUGGAUCAGUAACCACUCUCCCUGGAUCGGUGACAACCAUUCCUGGUUCAGUCUCAAUCUCAACUGUCACUCAAUCCAUUGCAAGUCCAACAAUUACCCUCACCCAGGCAGGAUCGACCAUAAUAUCAACUCUCCCAGGUUCCGUCAGUAUCUAUCCAACAACCAUAAGUCUCGGCGCAACCUUGACAGGAUCAACAGCAUACAUAACUGAGCCCGGAUCCACCGUAACCGUAACUGAGUUGAUAACCUGUCCAUCACCUACAAAUUCCGGUUCAGUAAUUCCUCAAGACUCUAGCUCAUCAGCGGUUUUCGGAUGCUCACCAGGAUACGUUUGUAACCCACCCAAGCCAGAUCAUUGUGCUUUGUGGGCCGAUCCACCUACUGCAGACUAUCUUUGUGAAGCCAAAUACUGUAUUCCAUCUCCCAACACAACUGAAGUAUACUGGGCACAAAACCAAACUGGGUAUUACCCGCCAUCAGCCGGGUACUUCAAUCUUAAUCCCAAUGCAUUUGGUCUUAGCUUUGGCAUUUUCAUUGAGAAAGUCGUUACCGAGGUCGUCAUUGGCAAUGAAGGAACUGAACUUGUCAAGACCUACACUACCGGUGACUGGACAUCCCAAACAGAUAUUUCUCACUACCCAGUCGGAACCAAAACCGGACUCUCCACCUCCGCACUCGCUACACCUUCCGCUCCAGCCCGUCGCGGACUUCUUCCCCGACUCUUUGCAGGAAUGCGCAAAUCAGAUACCGCACAUCUCCACCUCCUCACCAAACGGGACUCUACUGUUGUUCCCGCAGUUUGCUACUCCACGUGUAACAAUGGCUACGUUGAAGCGCUCAAAGUGGGCAAAUCUCCCGCUCUCUGCGAUUCCGACUCCGCAUUCGAAUCUGAUUAUGGCGCCUGUACAGCAUGUAUCGACGCGAAUAGCGACACUGUGAAAGAAACAAUGCAAACAUACAUAGAACCACAAUUUGCACAGUUCUUGGAUUUCUGCAGUGCCCAGGCACCACAGAGUGAGGUUGCGGGUAGUACGGAAACCCAGGUUGUGACGAAGACUGCCACCGUCCUACCGGUUGAGGCGAGCAGUAGCACAGUCAAACCAGCUGCCACGACCAGUGGUUCGAGUGCUGCCCCAAGCUCUAGCCCUAGUGCGAGCCCGACUGCAAGCGCUACCCCGAGUGUUAGUAUUACGAGCCAAAUUGCACCAGUUGAUACAUCUUCUACUUCCUCGACAUCAAUUUCCAGUGGCGGCACUUCCGUUGGAUCUUCUUCAGCGGUCGUUAGCGUCCCGACAGCUUCUGGAAGUGGAAGCGGAAGCUCAAGCUCAAGCGGAAGUGGGACUGGAACCGGAACCGGAACCGGAAGCGCAUCACCAUCUUCAACAGGCUCGACUAUCCACAGUACAAGCACCUCAGGCUCAGGCUCAGGCUCAAGCUCAAGCUCAGGCUCAGGCUCAAGCUCAGGCUCAGGCUCCAGUACAAUAUCAGCAUCAGGAUCCGGCUCGCGGUCUAGCUCGCGAUCUAGCUCUGAGUCAUCCAUCCAAUCCCAAACCUCCACUCCAACUCCUACAACAGGAUCACAAACUAGUUCUUCAUCCACCAUCUCUGGAUCUGCAAGCCCUUCGGGAACUGAACCUUCUCAAAACGUCGGAGCGAAAUUAAGACCUUCAAUAUUCUUCACAUUGAUGACGAUGUUGCUUGUGGGGUUCAUGGGCUAGCAGAAAUAUGAUUCUUCCUCUUUUACUUUCUAUUAUUCGAUUUUCCGCUUCGGCAUUUUAUAUAUAUUCUCACGACUGCACGACACCGACACCGAAAAAAUGAAAAACAUAACGAGCAACAGUCAUAUUUACGUAUCAUGAUCACUUUUACAUCUUAUUUUUAAGCUUUUUUCUUUUCUUUUCUUCUUUUGCACUUUUUCCUUGUCUUCAUGUCUCAAUAGGACAUGGUCGACCAAAAGACAUGAUGCACACGAUCCUUAUUUUUUAAUCAUGAUCUUGACGAGGGAGAGAAUGAUACAUUACGAUCUUUCCGAGAAACAUGGUAUGGAAAUGGAAAUGGAAAUGCCAAAUCACAGUCUUUUAAUACGGUAUGAAUGAUGAAUGCAUGCAUGGAAGGGAGGAAAUGGACGGAGGACGAUACCCAAAACACACUCAUUUACGGCGUUACAUUUGAUUUCUGAGAAGGGAAAAAAGAAGAAUGUGGCGAGUAGUAGGAUGGGAUAACUAACUGUCUUAUCCGUCUACUUGUCAAGGGAAGGAUAAUGUUUGAUUAUGGGUGCGUACUCUCAGGUUGGGAUAAUACACGGAGGAAUGAUAUAAAAAAGAAGGAAGAAAGAAAGAAAGAAAGAAAGGAUGAUGGAAUGGGGAAAGAAUGGCGGAAGGAAACGUGGUGAGAAAGAGGCGACUUUCUGAUUCUCAUGUAUAAUGUGGUUUAUUAGCAUGCGAGCUAUAUCAUCAUAUGGGCCACUCCUUUUUAUAUACAAAAUUCGUUUGUAUGUAAUCGUGCACUUUCUUUAUUUAACAAUAUAAUUUUAUAAAAUUUGAUUUUAAAAAAAUUAUAAUAAUUGAAUCAUUUAUUAGAAAUUAUAAUUAUUAAAAUAAUUAUUAUAGAAAUAAUAUUUUUGUAA